CUCGCUCAGUGUUAAAGAGGCGUCGGUGGAGGACGCAGUGGUGACGACCAACUCCUCGACGAGUGAAAAGAAACGAGCGCACGAGGGUGGUGCGGUUGUACAAGGAGGGGGUGCGAAGCGAGACAGGAGGAGCGAGAAGCGCACACCGACGCCCGAACGAUCUUCUUUACGAACGAACGAUCGACUGAGAUAUCAUUUAUUCUUCAUUACUUAUUUCCCAACCCCGCUAUUACCCCCUCGCCCCCCGCCCCGCUCCCUUCCUCGACUUCCCGCAUUAUCGCCCACCGUCAUACUUUCGACGACGAACAAACGAACGCUGAACGAAUAACCGAUCCCUCGAGCUAUGGCAGCCACCGCCAUGGACCCGGUCGACAUUGCGAAUAUACUCGCGCAGGAGUUGCUGUAUCAGCAGCUGGUGUCUCUGGACGGAUUGCACAGCGGAGUGCCGACGAGGACGACGCCGACGCUGACGCCGACCACCCUCCGCAGCAUCGAGCAGACGUUCCUGGAGCUGACCAGCGAGUCGGCGUCGCACAGCCGCGAGGCCGGCUUCGUGCCGCCGCUGGUCGAGCCGUCGCAACCGACCCCGGCACAGACGCAAAACACAACGGCGAUACAUCUGCCGGCGCCGACGACCACCCUUAUCGAGACUACCCAGCAGCAGACGCAGCCGCAGCAACAUCAGCAGCAGCAGCAGCCAGUUAGACGCAAUAUGGGCGGCAGACGACCCACCAGAACAAUCGGGAUGACCCCCGAGGAGGAGGAAAGGCGACAGAUCCGGCGUGAGAGGAACAAGAUGGCAGCUGCGAGAUGCCGCAAGCGAAGAAUGGAUCACACCAACGCCCUACUCGACGAAACCGAUGGCUUGGAAAAGAAGAAGCAGAGCCUGCAGGAAGAGAUCGAGCAGCUGAAGCAGGUGAAAGAGGAACUGGAAUUUAUCUUGGACACCCACAGAGCGGUCUGUCGCCGUUCGCUACGCUCCUCGUCUCCGCUGGAUAUAAAACCCGUGAUCAAAACCACCGAUCACAUGGUGGAGGAUCAAUUCGCUGCCGAAGUCGCGAAGGGCGACACGACGGUGGCUGCGGCAACGAGACCGAACAGACCCAAUUCAUUGCCGGUUGGAUUGGACAACAAUAACAGACUGAAUCCCCUGACGAUGUUCGCGGAGCCGAAGGAGAGACCGGACACGCUCGCCUUCAAGACGGUGGAGACGCCGUCCUUCAUGAAGCCGUCGAUGGACGUGGCCGGUAUGCCGAUCACCACCCCGACCAGCGGCAUACCGUUCAAUUUUGAUUCUCUAAUGGAGGGCGGCACCGGCCUCACGCCAGUCUCGACGCCCCUGAUACCGUCGUGCUCGACGCAGCAGAGGAACAAUCUGUCCGCCGUGGAUCUCAGCUCCCCGGAUGCGAAUCCCCCGAAGCUCGUGAGCUUGUGACGCCACGAUAUGGCGGAGCACGGGUCCAACGAGGAGAACGAUCCCGAAUGAGAACGGGAGUACCAUGACGCGAAGAAUUUCUACAAGGGGGAGCAGAAGUAUUAUGCGCGUGCUCUUUUACAACGAAAUCGUUCUUAAAAGCUCUUUCGUGCGACUUGUUAACAGCCGGCGCUUUUUCUCUACAAAGGUUCACUUUUUCCAAAUCUCCACAUGUGCCGUAGAAAAGAUUGGUUGUAUUUAGACCUUGAUGGUCGGCGAAUACAUGUUUUUAUUCCCAGUAUUUCCCUAUUCGUAGGUGAAUAUUUGGCAAUUUGAAAUCUUCAAUUGUAACUUUGUACAUAUAAUACGACAAAAUAAGUGUUCUUACAAAUGUAAACUGUACGAGAAAAAGAGCUGUAUUUGAAAAGAAAACGUGACAUCUGUUUGCGCCUUAAAGGAAAUUGUCACAGAUAUGAGCAAUAAUGUCUGCACACAAGUGAUAAAAGUAUAUUUAACGUUUAAAAUAACGAAUUAGGAAUAAUGAAUGUAAGAUUUGUCAUUUUGUAAGCGAUUCAAAUGAGACAAGUGAAAUUUUAUACUAUAAUUCUAUACUGUAAAAAAAAAUGUAAGACAAAACAAGAUUAAGCUCAAACUUCUAAGUACGUUAAGUCUUAAAAGUUCUUUAAAUUGCGCUUAAGAUUAAUCAACAUUUUGCAUAAUUUAAAUGUAUAUUUAAUAUUAUUCUAUUAAAUAUGUUAAUAUAAUAGUAACUAUUAUAGUAUCAAAUAUUUAGUAUUAUAAUAUUAAAUAUAGGCGGAUAAAUAAAAUUACACGAAUGCGAGAAUUUCCAAAUUUUCUCCAUUUUUCUCUGCGAUGUUAAAAAAAAAUCUCGCUUCCGUGUAUCCGCAUCGGCGUAGAUUUUUAUACGCGGCUGUCGUUUUUUUCAGUCUCACGCGACAUUAUAACAUUUAAUCCCUCCAUACAAUAUAAUAUAUAUACACAUAUAUAUAUAUAUUUUACGACGUGACAUUUUUGCAUGAUCUUAAGCAAUAUUAAUAUAUUUAUGCGCGACUGCCGGCUAUGAUGCAUGGAGGCUGUAACAUUUUCUGAUAGCCCACUAGCAAUUUUUUCUGCUCCGGCUCCGGCAAGAGCCUCUUGUACCGUACUUGGUGGUCGCUAUUGAGAAUUGUAUAUGGAGAUUGUAACGCACCAAUGAUAAUGUUGCAAUAUAUUUUGAUUAGAUUGAGUCAAU